ACUAAUUCACCUACUUCACUCUCGUGUAUCUCGAUUGCGGUUACGUUCUGCGCUAAUUUUUUUUUUCCUUAACAGUGCUAUAAGUAACGAUCGUGAUCCAACGUUCUCCUUCGAUUUUUCUCUCUUUUUUUUUUGUUAUUGUACUUUUUAACAAAAAAAUAUAUAUACGUAUUAUUACGUAUAUCUAUCAACGAAUAUUGUGUGAAACGAAUCCCGCAUCUCUCAGAUAGGACGUAUGCAAGGACAUAUAAUUCAAACAGAAAUUGCACGCAUCUUCCAAGGUUACAGUUAAGAGGGCAUUAGAAUGUGCAUACGGUGACUGUAAGGCGACAUAUAACAUACGUGUACACUAUAAAUACAUACAUACGUUCGAGUAUUGCGAUAUUAUAAUAAAAUAAUAAAAUAAAAAAAUAAAAAAAAAAAAAAAAGAAAGUUAAACAAAAAAAGUGUAACGUCGGAUUUCUUCUCUUUUGCAAUUAAAUUCGAGACAUCGCGAAGAUACCUGUGUUGUUAACAAUGAGCGACGAUUCCGAUCUUUGCAAAUGUAUAUGGCCUAACGACUUGCUCAUGCAACGUCUACUUUCUAUCUUACGACUAACACAAAAUUACUGUACAGACAAUGAAUGUUUUAGCUUCUCAAGGUUGCCAGGACCGCUUCCUGUACAGCCAUCUUCUAAUUUUUUCAUGACAUGUUUAUUCUUUGCAUUUAUUGUUUUAAUGUAUAUUAUCAGACCAAGAUCUCUUCGACAUGCAUCAUUGCGGAGCAAUGUUGCUAAAAAUCGAAACGAUAUAUCCGGUUCGAGCGAUGAUCCUCCAACACCACCACCUACAGGAAAUUAAAAAACAGAAAGAGUAGAUGUCUAGAGAAAUUUUGUUCUACUCUCAUAGUUGGAUUUAUCAAGUCUGGAAAGUAACAAUAUUGGAAGAGUAAUUAUGAAUCAGAUGAUUCAUGAUCUGAAA